AUGAGCCGGGUAUGGGAGAUCUACGCUCAACGUCUCGCUUCCCCGGAUUGGGGCCGCCCAAUGUGGUUUCCGGAGCCUUCCGACCAGUUCGGAGCAGUACACGUUGGCGACGUCGGUUACCUAUACGAAGGCCGCUUUCAGUUCCUCUUCAACAGCAUGGACCCAGCGGGCAACCCCCGCAAUGUGCGCGGAGAGCCUCACGGCUACACGCCCUUCCAACUUCCGCUCAACGCAUUUGACCACCAGACUAUUCCACCCACAACGCUGAUGAGCACGGGACUCCAGACAAUAAAUGCGAGUAUAACGGGCGGCAUUGACUCCCAAACUUUACCGCAAGCCAGCGUUUCGGGUGGGACCCAGUACAGCUGCACCGAAGGAAGCGGAGCCCUGCUCAUAUUGAAGCAACCGGGACACAGGGAGAGCCUCAACGUCAACUGCGAGUCUGCCAUCCAGGAAUACAUUUUACAGCAUAUGGCGAGCUGGCAUACCUUCGCGAAGGAAAAGUUGGGUACCAAGGCCCCGAAGGAGGCCGAAAUCAUUUUUGUCUCCGGCUGCACCAUGACGACUGUCUGGGCGGAGGCGGUAUACGAAACCAAGGCCUCGCGCGGAGAACUGCGCGUCUCCACCAGCGGACUUUUCCCUUUCAAACUCUCGUUCUCACUGGGCAAAUCCAAACACCAGUCAACCCUCCACGAGCGCCGCGGUCCCCCAAAGCGUGUGUUUGCCAUUCCCUGGGUAUCUACAGUGAUCUCUGCGCUGCUGUCAACCGUAUGGAAAGCGGAUCAGUGCAUUUUCAUGAAUUAUUACACUAUGAAGAGGCCGUUUUUCGUACCAAAGGUGAUGCGUGCCACGGCGGGGCCACACGAGCUGCCGGAUGACGACCCCUCGGGUGGCGAUUCAACUGCCCCUGUGGCCGAGAUUCCUUCGUCUGCGGACGAAUGGGCGCACCACAACGCAGACCGGCCUGAGCAUUCAGACGCGAACGUAGCGUUUGCAUCGGAUCGAGAUGUAGCCAUGUUCUAUAAAAUUCAAAGCGCGACAGAAUCUCAUCAGCAGGACGUCAAGAACGUACUUCGGAGAUCAGGAGUGAAGGUUGUCGUGAAGAACGGCAUGACGCCAGACGCGCACGGUGCUCUGGAAGGGAAUCCUACCGACGAUGCGAACGUUAUUCCUGAGCUCAGGGAACCAGACGCCGCUUCCGCAUCAUCUACCUCCGGUACCUCUGCAGGGUCGUCCCCCAUGUCUGACGCCAGUGCUUCAUCCCGGGUGGAGGACCCGUUGCUUUCUACGCACAAGAAUACUUUGCAAACUCCGACGACUCACAACCAGAUUACUCGGGAAUAUGAAGAGAGCAAACCACCGCAGGAGAUCCCUCUGAUGAGUUAUGUGCUUACACCGACUGAAAUCACGUUUGUCAAUGAUAUUGGGUGGGGCCCAGGCUCCUUCCAGGAACUAUGUUACUUACGUUCACGAUCCGGGAAGUGA